ACAUCAAGUUGCUCCUACACCCGAUCUACAGGAUUCUACUCUCCACUCGACCGUUGCAAACCGAAAUAUUAGCCCCCAAUUGUAACGGAUAGUUUCUUCCACACAUAUCACAAUCACAGCAAAGAAAUAACCAAGAACUAAAAACCAACACCCUUUUGCUGAAAUUCCUUCACUCCAAAAACCCAAAAAACUGUCAUCGUUUUUUUGUCUUUUCCAAUUACUACCACCAUUGAUUCGUCCAAACAUUUCCGUAAUUACGUUUCUUGCUGCUGCCAAUUUUCAAUUUGAUACUGAACAACUCUGAUCGUCGAGAAAAUUCGUUCGGUUUGUUACUGAAUUGGAGAUUUGGGGGAAAAGGAAAUGGAUCUUCGAUGUAUUGACAUGGGUUGUGUUGAGAAAGAGAGCAGUCCGAAGGAGUCGAGGACGUCUGCUUCUAAGCUUGGAAAGAAUAAAGUAAAGGAUGCGAUGCCGUCUAGCUCAAAUGCAUUGAACAAACUCACAUCCCAAAUCUCUAAGCCUCCUCGUCGUAAAACUUCUCCCCUUAAUUGGUUCCCGCGGAAGAAGGUGGAACCUUAUCUGAAGAGGAAAAUAAAAAUGCUUCAGGAAGUAGAUGGUAUGCAUUUGACUCUCGAUGAGACUCUAGGGGAUUCAAAUCCUCAUUACUCGAGAGUGUUGAGAGAAAAGAUUGCAAUAAGAGAAGCUGCAGAGAAAGCAAUGGAGGCUAGAAAGGCAGCAAUGAUGGAAGCAUCUUGGUGUCGUAUACUUCAGGCAGCCAGGAUUGAAAGUAAAGAAGCAGAAGAGCAGCUAUCAAAAGCAGAACUUUCUGCUGCCGAAGCUUUUGAAGCUGCACGGGCAGUUGGGGUUAUCAUGAAUGAUGGUACACCGGAUUCUGCACCGAACCAUUAUAAAAUAGAAACAAUAUCUGGUAAAGGAGGAUCUACCACCCAUACGGUUUCAGCAACUUUUGAAACUGCAUUUGCUGUUGAUAAACAAGUAGCUGCUGCAGUUAAAACUGCUUUCGUUAAGCUUGCAAAUUGCCACUCUAUCAACAAAGACGAGUUUAAAGAGUUGUUGCACAAAAUCAGUGAGAACCCUGAUUCAGAUGACUUAUCAGCGGUCCUUUCGGAAUGUGAUGCUGGUUCAGACAAGGAAGCUGGAUCCUGUAAGGAUAGUUUGAAGAAGCAGAAGAAAAGACCAGAGUCGGAUAAGUUUAAUAUGACUAAUAUUGUCGAGAUGAUGCUUGGUCGACUCAAAUGCUUAAAAGAAGAUGAACUGGCCUCUCUUGCAACCAUAGUUGCAACAAGUGGCCUAAAUGCUGCAUUGGCUGAAACAGAAAACAGCUCGGCCAUUCAAAACACAGAAAACAGCUCGGCUGUUCCCAAAGUCUCGAGGAGAACGUCUGUAUGUGGGAGGACAACAAAGAGUUCAAGGGGGGCUGUCGAUGCUGAAAUUCCUAGCCUGGGCCAGUUUCUGGUUAAACGUUUGACAAGACUUGAAAGAGAGAUAUUAGAAGCCAAAAAUGCCAGAAAAAAUGAAGCUAGUGAUGGAAGCAAACGGACUGAUGAUGAGAAGCUUCUUUCUGCCGAUGAUUCAAGUUCGAGGUCUAAAGGGACGAUCAAGGAUGAUGGCACCAUGGUUCCAGACUUGGGAAGUGUACUGACAAAGCAUAAAUCAAAACUUGAGAAAGAGAUCGAAGAAGCAAGGACGAAUGGUACAUCAUCAAGAGGAGUUCCCCGUGCUAAACAAGAUGCUGUAGAUGUUCCUAGUCUAGAUAAAUAUUUGGUGAAACGCUUAACAAGACUUGAAAUGGAGGUUCAAGAAGCUCGGAACAGAAACAGAUUGGAGCCAACUGAAAAGUCGAGCACUCAGCCAUCAGAUGCUAAAAGUUCAGAAGAUAUCCCAUUUAGUGCUUCCGAAGGCAAAGAGAAUAUAGACCUAAACAAGACUGAGAACCGCAAGAACUUGUCUCAGGAAGACUCGGACACCCUUUUGCCAGAAGAUCAAAAGCGUAAGAGGAAAGAAGCACAAACUAGUUCAGGAUCAGAUCACAUGUUGCGAAGAGAGGAGCGAAGUGCUGUUGGAGUUCAGAAGAUUCAAAGAAAAGAUGAAGAAAACGGUGCAAAUUAUGAGAGUCUAGACAAAGUUCUAGUAAAGCAUGUCUCAAGACUGGAAAAGGAGAAAUUGGAAUAUUGUGCAGAUGAAAAAAUGCAAAUAAAACUGAAGCGCAAGGACACUGGUAGAGUAUUGGAAAGCAGUUUGGACCAAGUUCUAGUCAAGCACAAGUCAAAGCUGGAAAAGGCAAAAAUGGCUGCUGUUGAGCAACAAGAAGAGGAUAGCACCAGGCAUUCAGUUAGUCGUCGUGAAGCUAGGGAGCGAGAGAUGCAGGCAGCGUGGGGAGGCAUGAGCCUAGGAAACUCUAUGCGCCCUCAUGUCUCUAGGCUUCAAAGAGACAAGGCUGCUUGGCUUGAAGCCGAAGAAGAGGAGAGGAAUAGCGAAGCAGCGCAAGGAGUGUGCGAGGUGCAGUCUUCCUGAAGUUUGUAUGUAAUAAUGUGCAAGCAUCAAUUUUCCCCUUCUCUUCUUAUUCUUUUUUCAUACAUGUAUAUUUAUGUUGACUUAGCUGAAUAUCCAAGAGAAUUGAAGCUUCUUUAAGUCUGCAUGCUGUAGAUAGUAUGUUCAUUAUUUUGUGCAAGUAAAGAAGAAAGGUGAUUUAGUGUGGUGCAA